UAAUCUAAAGCGCGAUUUUUACAAGAAAGGUUACCUCUCCCGCGCCGGUAACCUGGAACACGCAAAGAAAACGAGUCCAUUGGCCAACACAGUACCACACGAGAUGCCGCGAGCGCUGCGUUGCAUUUCGCUCCGGACAGAUGCUAUCAGGGGGUGGAGGCAAGGAUUAUGGUAUUUCUUUCUUUCGUUUUUUUUCGUACAUAACUUCUUAAAACUAACGUUUCGAGUUCAGCUCUGAGCGCUAUGCACGCGCUUUCUUUUGCUCCCGCGAACGCAGUGGAUUUGGUGGAUUACUCACUUGCGCACGACGGCUUUUUUUGUGCUAAUUAACAAAAUCUCAUCUCAAGAGGACGCUAUUGCAUUUUAGAAUAAGGGAAAAAGAGCAUAGACUUAAGAAGGAGAAAAUAUCGGAGUUUGAUGCUCUCUGUCUAGCAGCCCAAACGGUCCCGGCGUCUUCUCGUCCUUUUUCUGUCUCUCUUCCCCACAUUUAUCUGUCUCUUUUUUAUGUGGAAUAGCUUGGAAAGUCGAGAGUUGGAAAAUCUGUUAUUACUGCUGAUAAUAGACAGACCGUUCAGUGUUUUCUUCAGUAUUGUUUUCUUCAAGAAUGGUGAGUGAUCAAUGGGGAGUGAACAUGAAUAGCUCAUCGGAAGUCGAAGAUGGACAUGGACAGCGGGCAAAAUCGCAGACCUUCUGUGAGUGUGUACCCAGCACGUCGCAGCUCAAGCACCGCUGGUCUGAUUCAGACACAGUCAGGCAAACAGCUCCCAAGAGGAUGAGCUGCAGUUAUCUGCUCUGCACUAUCCUUCUUUUCGUGGCUGUCCUGCUUGCCAUUACAGUAACGGGCACCAUUCUCUUCCUGAACCACUCCCAGUCUCCGCCUAUUUCAGACAGCCCACCGCAUAUCACCACCAAUCAGGAUGAGGCCAACGCCCUGGUAACAGUUGAGCAGGGUGACGGCUCGCGUAUCAACAUUUUUAUCGACCCAAACUGCCCUGACUACAACAGCAAUUUCCUGCGAUUGGAAGGAGUGCAGACCUCCCUACUCCACUCGCUUACUGAUCAUGACUCAGACCUCAAGUCAGUCAAAGGCCAGGACCGUGCACUAUUGGUGAACCUUGCUGAAGAGGUGGCAAAGCUCUCAGCACAUGCAGGCCAAUUGAAGAUGGACUACGAGUCUCUGAGUAGAGGGCAAAGCAACUUAGGACAGGACCUUAACACGCUGCAAACUGAACAAGGAAAGCUUAUACAGCUGCUCUCAGAAAGCCAGCUUAACAUGGUGAAGGUGGUGAACUCAGUCAGCGAUGCCUUGAACUCCAUGCAGAAGGAGAAUGGAGGCUUGAAGGCUCGUGUGAAAGCUGACCUGCAGAGAGCUCCAGUAAGAGGAUCUCGUUUCAAAGGCUGCGCUAAUGGCUCCCGUCCUCGUGACUGCAGUGAUAUACAUGCAAGUGGUCAGCGGGAAGAUGGUGUAUAUUCUGUGUUUCCCACUCAUUACCCUGCAGGGUUUCAGGUCUACUGUGAUAUGAGCACGGAUGGAGGGGGCUGGACUGUGAUUCAGCGCCGAGAGGAUGGAGCUGUGAAUUUUUUUAGGGACUGGGACUCUUACAGAGAGGGAUUUGGCAAGAUCACAGGAGAACACUGGCUUGGUUUAAGGCAGAUCCAUGCUUUAUCUAUCCAGGCAAACUAUGAGUUGAGGAUAGAUCUGGAAGAUUUCGAAAACAGUACAGUAUUCGCCCAGUAUGAUAUGUUUGGGGUUGGACUGUUCUCAGUAGACCCUGAGGAUGAUGGCUAUCCACUGACCAUCGGUGACUAUACUGGCACUGCAGGCGACUCCUUGCUGAAACACAAUGGUAUGAAGUUUACAACCAAAGACCGUGACAACGAUCAUUCCGAGAAUAACUGUGCGUCGUUUUACCACGGCGCAUGGUGGUAUAACAGCUGCCACAUGUCCAACUUGAACGGCCAAUACUUGCACGGUCAACACACCUCUUACGCCGACGGAAUUGAGUGGUCGUCUUGGACUGGCUGGCAGUAUUCACUCAAAUUUACUGAAAUGAAGAUUCGACCCACACGUGAGGAAAGGGAGAGCAAGUGAUCCAAUCAAAAACAAUUAUGGAAACUGAAAAUAUUGGAAAACAUUUAGAAAAUAAUGCAUAAAAAAAUGUAUAAGAAACUGAAACUAACUAUCAUUGCUGACUGUGAUUAUGACAAGGAAAGAUCCUUUUUGUCACAAUUGUUUUUUUUUUUUUACGUUUCGUUCUGUUGCCUCAUUUUGAAGAGAAGUCCUAGUUGAAGUGUAUUGUAAACUCCACUGGAUUGACUGGUCAAAGAUACAGAGCAUCUAGAAGAAUCAGGAAGUUUCUCAAUACAUGAUAUAUCUACUCAUAAUGCAGUCUUUUCCACUGAGAGGAAGGAGUUUUGGUUCUUCCUUUAGGAAUGCAGGAGCUUUUAUUAAUCCGAAAAAAGAAGAAUGUCAAGAAGAGUGUCACAAAAAUUGGGCUAAUUGGCAAAAGAUAAUUAUUAGUGAAAUAUUGUAUGGAAAAGAACAUUGGGGGAUUGUUGACAGAUUGAGUUAUCGUUUUUGGCAUACAUGCAUAUAUUAACUUUUACUUAUCACAGUUACUUACUGAGCCAGCUUUUCAACUUCUUCUCCCACAGAUGGUGGUGUGUGUGUGUGUGCGCGCGUGUGCACGUGCAUGCAUGGGGUGUGGGAAGGGGAGUUCAAGAAGUAGAAGCAAGUAUAAUUAACAAAGUUGGAUCUCAAAUAACAAGGAAUAUCAGCGUGGUAAUUCUGGUUUAUGUCACUUCAUCGGAUUUAAGGCAUCUUAUAAUCAUAUCGCAUCAAUCUGAUAUUGUUUUAAUAUCUACAUAUUGACUAAUAUUUAUCAUAACUUUGUCACAUGACUACCCACUUGUGAUGAUGUUUUAGGUCUUUUUUGUUGACUAUUUUAUGCACCCUGUUGCACAUGCUGUACCAUUGCUGUGCAAAAGUCUUACUCUAAUUUUUUAAAUACUCAUAAUGUCUUAUGCCUUAUAAUGUCUUUAAAAAAAAACAAAGGUAGUGUGACCUUCACAUUAUCUAGAAAGACUGUGGCAGAUUUUCCAAUAGGCUUAGAAAAACUUACUAGCUAAUUUCCUUAUUAAACUGCACAAAAAAAAUGCACCCAAGACUAUUGACACACUCUUAAAGACAACGGAUCACACCAGAUAUUACCUUUGUUUAGUGCUGUCUGGUGCAGUUUAUAGUAGCUGUAAUGUAGAAAAUGUUUAAUUUCAUUAUUUUUGAAGUCAUGUUAGCUUUACAAAAGUUCUUUACAUGCACAUAAGACUUUUACACAGUGCUGUGUAUGGAUUCCUCUGCCUUUUCUUUUACUGUUUAGAAAAGAAAAUUGCAUCAGAUUUUAAUUCCUUUAGGGAAUUCUAUACUCAUGCUGACUCAAUCCCCUGAGCCUUCCGGAGGUCCUUAUCUAACAUAUUUCACUUGAACUAAUAAAGUAUUGUUAAGAUGACAAAUGCACCACAGAGACAUUUGAGGAUGGGUUGGAUGUGAGGGAGGAGGGUGGGUGUCAGGGCACAGGCUGUAUUAAAAUCACUAUUGGAUUGCAGGACUAUUUCAAAUUGAUUUGUGAGUCUCCACUCCACCCUUCUGUUCUGUUGUCUCUCUCUCCUUGUCUUCUGCAGCAUGUCUGAUCUACCCUUGUCCACUUACAUCAAUUAUGCUUCCUUUUUUUUUACUCACAUUAUUUUACUCACAAAAUAAAAUGUUUGUCUGGUCAGUAAGAAAGAGCACAAUACAUCAACAUUCCUGGAUUUAUGAAUAGAAAAACAAAUUAACACAUGUGCAAUGAAGCCAUAAUUAGGACAUUAACUAUUUGCUUUUCACAACAUUUCAAAGUGGCUCAUUUACUGAAUAAAAUUCAGCAGUUAUCCUAAAUACAUAAUGGUUCUUCUUGUAUGACAACUGUGCACAACAUGGCUUCUGCAAGAGCGCAUUAUUAUUGCAGUCUAGGUUUUUACUAGUUUGUAACAAAUUAUUCUAUUUAGAUUAUUAAUUCACACAUUAUUAACUCCCUUUUACAAUGCCUGUGUCUGAUAUGGAGGCGUAGGCAGAAGCAAAUGCAGGUAUGGCAGUUUAAUAAAACAACAAGAAGUGCAAAAGAUAAGGCAGAAGUCAGUAAUCAUGAACAGACAGAAAUCAGGAAAACAGUACAAACAGGGCAGGGCAAAGAGACGAGGUUGUAAACGUAAGCAAAGUUUAAAACAAAAAAAAAACAAACAGAAUAAACAGACACUGUACGAAGGUUUGGGAUAGACAGAGACAAAAGGCGACUGAGCGUAUACUACGCAACCUGAUGACUAAAUGAGAGUCUGCUUCUAUUAGCACUGCUUUGGGCUAAAAUUAGUAAAUUUUCAGAAACCUCGGAAAUUAUUUUUUUUUGUACUUUCUGCUUAUUUAUUUACAUUUGUAUUUAGAAAUUAAUUUUUAUGUGACUACUAAAUGAAAUAACAAACCUACACAAAAAAAUGUAUAUGUUUAAUACCUGCAUAUAUCACAAUAUAUAUGGCAAACAAAAAUUAUUUUAAGAAAAAUGAUCACCUGCUAAUUCAAUAGAAAGACUGCAGUGUUGUUCAAUUUCAUAAAAGCUAUAUACUUAAAACAUACUAACUCCAUCCGUAACUCAAAUCUAGCCUUUUCAUAUCAUUCGACAUAUGGAACAUUGCCAGAACAAUACGGUGCAUUGCAUUUCCAUAUGAGAACAUGUUUCACAUUGCAUCUGGUUUAAAGUAGAUAGAACAAUGAAGUCAGUUGAGACACAGCCCAUGUCAAAUCUACUUCCAAGAAUUGUGCAUCAAAAAAGUGAGAGCUGAAAAAAUGUGUCCAUGUUCCCUGUAGCUGUGCAAGAUCAGUCUUGUUAACCAGUCAGCCACUGAAAUUGAUGUCUGGAUGAAAUAAAAUGACAAAGCAGGGCUAAAUCAUUUUAUGUUGAUUUAAGGUCAACUGUGGGUCCUGAAGCAAGUCUCUUUUUAUAAUGUACUGAAAGCUUUAUUGUGUAGAUUUUCUGUACAAUGUGUUUUAGAAAGUGUUGAUGCAUGUAAAAUGUUUUUUUUUGUUUGUUUGUUUGUUUGUUUGUUUUUUUGUUUUUUGUAUAUACAAAAGCACAAAAAGCACAGCCAUUUUGAUGAACAUUUAAUAUCAAAUUUAUAUUCCCAUAUUCUGUCACUUUUUGUGAAACCUGAGACUUGAGCUGUUUGGAUUGCGGUGGGAUUUUACAGAUUAAGACUAUUUGGGACCAAAGAAAGGAGAUGGAGCAUCAGAGAAAUUCAAAAACACACCAACGUUCCCCAAACUAUACUCCACCAGUGUUUUUUUUUGUUUGUUUUUUGUUUUUUUCUUGAUUUAAGUGAUUUAAAGCAACAAUGGAGCUGCGUUCACAGGACCUUGUCUUCACAGACUCUAAAAUCUUCAAGAAAAAAAUAUUUAUUUCAGUUUGAUGCCUUUGUCUCCAUGCUGCUGAGGCAGCAAGAGCUUCUCUGUUCUUUACUUUUCACUGACACUCUCACUCUCUCGCUCUCUCGCUCUCUCUCUCUCUCUCUCUCUCUCUCUCUCUCUCUCACUCUCUCGCUCACUAAGUAAGAUUAUGUCUCCAUUGUUUUUCAUUGGCUUCAAAGCUACCUCUCUUGUCCCAAAUCAUCUGUCAAUUAAGUUUGUGAAGUUAGUAAGUUUAAGUUAGUGAGUGAGUGGGUGAGAAACAAAUACAUGUGUAAAGGUAAGUUGUUGUUUUCUGUGAAUGAGAUUGGCUCUAUAUGAUGUUUGAAGAAUUUAAAUAAAUGACGUCAAUAAACAGAUUAUAUUGACGGUGAA